GAGUUUUUUUAAAUUAGUAUUAUUUCAAAAAUCAUGAAUUAUUUGCAUAUUUUAGUGUCAUUAUCUUUGCAUGUCAUUAUAUGAUCUGGGGUUCAUUAAUUGGCAAAUUUGACCUGAUUUCUGAUCUGGGUCUUGCUUCUUUUGUGUUUCAAAAACACACCCUUUUCAAGAUUAUGAUAAAGUUUAAAACUUUCUUUACUGGGUAUGUUAAAACUGGCCUAAUUCAUAAUGGGCUGUGAUUUAAAUUUAUUAUAUUUUUUGGGGGUAAUUUAUAGGGUUUUUUGUUGAUAAAAUCUUAGGUUUUUUUUUUCUUUGGAGAAAAUGGGGGUUUUGAAUGUGGAUAAAAUGAAGGAAAAUAAGAAGAAAGAAAGUGAUGGUGAAAAUACAGGGUGUUGGAUUAAGUUUAGAUUUUUUAGAGGAUGUAUAUCUGCAAGGUCUAAAGUUGAGAGUUCAAGUAGUGGCAGCAGCACUCAAUAUGCUGAAAGUAAAUCGACACUUGAUAAUAGUACAGACCAACCGGUUGCUCCAGUUGCUUCAUCUUCAACCACAAGUAACAGGGAAAGCACUACAUCCACCCCAAAUAUUACCGAAGAACUUAAAAUUGCCUCGCAGCUGCGAAAGUUUAACUUUUGUGAACUUAAGUCAGCCACAAGGAAUUUUAGACCAGAGAGUCUACUCGGUGAGGGUGGCUUUGGUUGCGUAUUCAAAGGAUGGAUCAAUGAGAGUGGGAGUGCACCUGUUAAGCCGGGCACUGGUCUAACUGUUGCCGUCAAGACUUUGAACCAUGAUGGACUCCAGGGUCACAAAGAAUGGCUUGCGGAGGUCAACUUCCUUGGUGAUCUUCUGCAUCCUAAUUUGGUUAAAUUAAUCGGUUAUUGCAUUGAGGAUGACCAAAGGCUGCUUGUUUACGAGUUUAUGCCUCGUGGAAGCCUGGAAAACCAUUUGUUCAGAAGGUCACUGCCCCUUCCUUGGGGCAUGCGAAUGAAAAUUGCCCUUGGUGCUGCAAAGGGGCUUUCUUUUCUUCACGAGGAAGCUGAAAGACCGGUCAUUUAUCGAGAUUUUAAAACAUCAAAUAUUUUACUAGAUGCGGAUUACAAUGCAAAACUUUCUGAUUUUGGGCUUGCAAAAGAUGGACCAGAAGGCGAUGACACUCAUGUGUCUACCCGAGUGAUGGGAACAUAUGGCUAUGCUGCUCCGGAGUAUGUGAUGACGGGACAUUUAACAUCAAAGAGCGACGUCUACAGUUUCGGGGUGGUGUUACUUGAGAUGAUAACAGGUCGGAGAUCUAUGGACAAAAACCGGCCCAAUGGCGAGCAUAAUUUAGUUGAAUGGGCUCGACCUUAUCUUGGAGAGAGAAGAAGGUUCUAUAGGUUGAUAGAUCCCCGGUUGGAAGGUAGGUUCUCAAUUCGAGGUGCUCAGAAAGCAGCCCAGUUGGCUACCCUUUGUCUCAGCCGAGACCCAAAGGCAAGACCGCUCAUGAGUGAGGUUCAUGAAGCCCUGAAGCCACUCCCAAACCUUAAGGAUAUGGCUUGCUCAUCACCUUAUUUUCAAGCAAUGCAGUCAGAACGGACGGGAAGCCACUCUAGUAGUAGGAAUGGGUCAAAAGGGCAGCCGCCGAGGAGUCUGUCGGUUGCAAACUCACCAUAUCACCAGAAUCAAACUUAUCGGUCUCCAAAACCUGUCAGGUAGCCUGUGGGUACUCUACUCAUGGCUUUGAGCAAUUUCGUACUUUGGUAAACCUGUGAAAAUCCUGAUUGAUGAAUUGGUGAUAUUUGGUUUAUGUUAUUGCUGAGAUCCCCCGUUUUGUUUGCAUCA